AUGGCACAAAACAUCCUCAUCACCGGCGCCGGCGGCUUCAUUGGCCAAGAGCUGAUCGCAUCCCUCAUUGCCAACUCGAGCCCCAGCGACAAUUUCACGCUCACCGACAUUGCCCCUCCAGCCAUCCCAUCCAAAAUAGCACAAGAUGCCCAUCGUAUCACAUCCCUCGCUGCGGAUCUCACCGACCCGUCAGCCGUCUCAAAACUCCUCUCUCAAUCGUACACCCAUGUCUACCUACUCCACGGGCUGAUGUCCGGCGGUGCCGAGGCAAACCUCGACCUUGGAAUGAAGGUCAACUUCGACUCCAUCAGAAACAUCCUGGAUGAGCUGAGGCGUGGGCAUCCCGGGACGGUAGUCGUAUUUGCCAGCUCGUGCGCCAUCUAUGGCCAGGCGGAGAUUGUGCGAGAGUUUGAGACGCUGCCACAGCCCAAGAGCUCGUAUGGCAUGGAAAAGAUCAUGAUUGAGCUGCUGUUGAAUGACUUUUCCCGUCGUGGUCUUCUUGAUGGUCGGAUUGUGAGACUUCCGACUGUUGUCGUUCGACCUGGAGCUCCGUCUGCCGCUGCCUCAAGUUUCGCCUCAGGCAUUAUCCGCGAAUCACUGAAGGGUAUUCGAAAUACCCUGCCCGUGAGCCGAGAUCUUGAGCUUUGGGUAUGCAGCCCGACAACGGUGGUUAAGAACCUUGUCAAAGUGAAAGACAUCCCAGCUGAGAAGUUUGGUGAUUCGCGGGUCGUCAAUCUGCCUGGAAUCACAGUCAGCGUUCAAGAGAUGCUAGACGCUCUUAAGGCGGUUGGUGGUGAUGAAGCAAUCUCUCAAAUUGAAGAACAGAGGGACCCAGCCAUCGAAGCAAUUGUAGGAAGCUGGCCCGCUAGGUUUGACGUUUCAAGGGCUUAUGGACUUGGCUUGGCAGAACCGGAGGGGAUCUUGGAGACUGUCCAGGCGUUUCAUGCGACACUGAACUAA